GGCAAUGAGAUGAGAUAAGACCCUCCACCUCUCUCUCUCUCUAGUUUCUCUCUCUUGUUCGUUCUCUCUCAUGGAGUUUUUGUACAGGUGGGCGAUCUCUGGAGCCUGAAGUAUAUCUUUUACCUGAAAAUUUUUUAUCUUAUUCUUCAAAUUUUGGUUUCUGGGUCCCCUUCAGCCGACUGAACAAGAACACCAAGAUCCUUCGAUCCUCCGAUUUGCAGAGAUUAGAUUGGAUCUAUAGUUGUUUUUAGACCAAGAAUUGGGGUUCUGGGUAUCUGUUUUUUUUACUUUUUUUAUAUGAAAUAUGGAGAAGAACUACCAAUCUUCACUGACUGGAGAUUCCUCCGCCGGUAACAAUGGCGGCGGUACAGGGAGAGACCAAUAUUUGAAGCACCUCAACAAGCUUUCGCACAAAAUCUCGAAGCCUAGUUUCGUUAAGAAGCCGGGGUUUGAUUCUUCUGUCCACUCGAAUCCUAAUUUUAAUCAGAAUCAGAGUCUGCCGCCGCCGCCUCCGCCGCCGGAAUCGGUGGUGCAGGCUCAGACGCAGCCGCCGCAGCACCAUCAGCCGCCGGUUUAUAACAUCAACAAGAACGAUUUCCGCGAUGUGGUUCAGAAGCUGACCGGGUCGCCGGCGCACGAGCGGUUCACGAAUCCGCCGCCGAUUCAUCCUCCGAAGCCACAGAGCUCUCGCCUGCAGCGAAUCCGACCGCCUCCGCUUGCGAGCGUCAGUAAUCGUCCCCCUCCGCUGCUUAAUAGCGCCGUCCCCAUUCCGCAGCCGCAACAACCGCCGCCUGGUCUGAACCCUAGAAAUUCAAUUUCAUCCGCCACCAAUUUCGGACGGCCCGCAGCGCCGCUCUCGCCUCUGCCUCCUCUACCGACGGUCCACGCGCCGGCGGAAUCUCCCGUUUCGGCGUAUAUGAGAUAUCUCCACAACUCAUUAUCCACCGUCGAAUCCAAUCAGAAGCAAUUCUCGGGAUUCUCGCCCCUCGCCCCUCUGGUCUCGCCUCGCUGGAACAAUUUGCCCUCACAGCAACAGCUUCCCCCGCCGCCGCAAGGAACCAUUCCUCCUCCUCCUCCUCCACCUUCAUCGGCAGCAAUGGCUUCAGAAUCACAGCCGCCGAUGCCCAUGCCGCCGUCGCCUCUUCCGUUCGGAUGUAUGAAUUCGCCGAGAUCGGCGUACCCGUUGCUCUCGCCGAGCAUGCUAUUUUCGCCGUCGGCGGGUUCAUUUGGGUACCCACAGUUCCCGCUCUCUCCCACUGUGCCGGUGCCGAGCCCUCGAUGGAGAGCUCUGUGAUUUCUCAUCUUGGUAAGUUGAAUUCUCAUAUUCGUUAAUCUUUGUAGUUCCACAGCUCAACUUUUUUCCUUCUUUUUGAACUUUUAGAUUUUGUAUACAUGUUGAGAUGGAAGGGUAAUUGGAUCAUCAGUGUGUGGAAAAGGGAAAUCAAAAUUUCCACUACUGAUUUAGAAACUGGAGUUUGUUCUGUAAAUCUCCUAUAAGACGAUCUUAAUUAGUUGCUGUUGGAUUUUUUUUUUUUUUUUGUUUUUUUUGGGGUCAUUUUCUGUUUGGUUGGGGGUUGGGUUACAGCAUUCAAAUGUGAUAGAUUACAUUUCAGAGUUUCUUUCUGUUUCUUUAGUUAUAUUACUUGUAAGAAACACUUUUUGAGCCCAA